AUGGACAUGCAAGUUGUCUUAGAAGAAAGUAGUGAAGAUAACAUGAAGUUAGAUAAUAUUGUGGCUUCUCUUGAUUAUGAAUCUGUAGCUUCUUCCAGUCAUGAAUCAAACAAUAUUACUAGACAUGAUGGAUCUCAGUCUAAUAGCAAAUUUUGGAAAUACUUUGAUAAAAAUAAAAUACUUGGAUAUGCAAGUGAUAUGCCGAAAGAUGCAAUAGAAAAAAAUCCGCUAAAAAAAAAACAUUUAGAUAGUAUAAUAGUUAAGUUUAUAGUUAAGGAUCAACAACCACUUUCGGUUCUAACUGAUGAGGGUUUUACUGAACUAAUGGCAGAGGCAUUUCCAUCUUACAAAUUACUCUCCGAAAAGAUGGUUAAAUCAAUGUUGUUAGAAUCUUAUAGUUUUACAGGGAUUACUGAAAUUCUAGAUCAAACUUCAUUUGAUGAUCUUGGAUAA